CAAAAGCAAAGGUGGAGGUAUAUUACAGCUAAUACUGACACAGAAGAACAGAGUUUUCCUGACCCGAAGGCAUUUAACACACAAAUAGAAGAAUUAAAUUUAGAUGUCCUUCUUCAAAAGGCAGAUAAUUUACGUAAGAAUGAGGCUAGUAAGAUGGAGAGUUUUGAACUACUUUGUGACCACAAGGAAAAGUUUAGAGAUGAAAUUGAGUUUAUUUGGCGGCUUGCCCGUGCAUAUGGAGACAUGUGUGAGCUAUCUACAGAUAGACAAGAAAAGAAACAUUAUGCUAAUAUUGGGAAAACAUUAGGUGAAAAAGCUAUAUCUAGAGCACCCAUGAAUGGAUAUUGUCAUCUGUGGUAUGCAGUUUUAUGUGGCCACGUAUCUGAGUUUGAGAGCUUACAAAACAAAGUGAACUAUGGACAGCACUUCAAGGAUCAUCUAGAUAAGGCAAUCUUAUUUUUACCUGAAGAACCCUUUUUGUAUUACCUCAAGGGAAGAUACUGUUACACUGUCUCAAAACUGAGCUGGCUUGAGAAAAAAAUGGCUGCUACUCUGUUUGGAAAAACACCAUCCUCAACUGUAGAAGAAGCUUUGCAAAAUUUCCUUAAGGUUGAAGAACUAAACCCUGGUUUUUCUAAGUCCAACUACAUGUACUUAGCCAAGUGUUAUAUAGAUCUUGAACAGAAAGCUGAGGCUUUGAAGUUCUGUAACUUGGCAUUGCUGCUGCCUUGUGUUACCAAUGAGGAUAAGGAUAUACAGAAAAUGGUGGAAAAAAUGAUCACUUCCUUGAAGAGGUAAAUAAAAGAACUUACUCUUCAACAAGUCAGACAUGGUCUACUAAAGGUUAAAUUAAUUAAAAUUCUGGGUUAUUUUUUAUUAUCCUUUUUCUUUUUGAUGUAAUAGUAAUGUGCUCAGAUGUAAAGGUAAAACCAAUCUCUGCAUUCAGUAGCACUACAAAACUAAUCAUGUUUUUUGGAGAAUUCUAUUUCCUAUAAUGUUAGUACAAAAUGAUCUUUACAAAUGUAUGCUUUAAAUUUUUUCCUAUCAAUAAACAGUAGUCUUCAGUAUAUUUCUUUAAAUAAAAUAUUUAAAUUAGUGCAAUGAAAUGAACUCUGGUGAGU